UAGUACCAAUCCGAUGGAUUAGUUCCCCUCGAUUGUAUACUCUCUUCAAAGGAGGAUGCUGAUCCCCUUAUUUUAUUUUUAAUUUUAUUUUUGUAACAAGUUAUUGACAAAAUGUCUUUCGAAGAAUUGGAGCAGGACCCAUUUGAUACACAUGAGUUCGUUGAACGACUGGCAUGGCGUACAAUGGGAACGAAAGCUCGAAGUCAGCACGAUGAGUUUGAUCCCAUGUUACUUCAUGGUGCCUUUGAAAGGAUGAUUGCUGAUCUCAAGCACAAGAAUGACAUGGUACAGCAACGUGUAGACAAACUGGAGGAGGAAUGUAAGGAUGAAGAAAAGAAACACUGGGCCAGAGUAGUUGAUCUGCAGAGAAAUAAUCAGGCUGCCUUCUCUCACUUUCAAGGUUUAGAUGAAAGAAUAAAUUCAGUAGCGACAAAAGUAGUGCAUCUUGGAGACCAGUUAGAGGGUGUGAACACUCCGAGGGCUCGUGCUGUCGAGGCUCAGAGGCUGAUGAACUAUCUGUCAGAAUUCCUCACUGAUGAGCCUCCAAAAUCUGCUAUAUUCACAGACCCAUUUCAGUUGCAGUUGGCAGCUGAAAUCAUACAGAAACUUCAUAUGAUUGCUCUAGAACUUCCCAGCACAGAAAAAUUUGGCAAAGCCAGGAGAAAAAUUGCUGACAAGUAUGAUGAGAUAGAGAAUGAGUUGAUAGAAGAGUUCAGAAUGGCACAUCGCGAGGGAGAUAAACGCAAAAUGAAAAGAUGUGCCUCAGUUUUGUCUAACUUCAAGGGGCAUGGUCGAUGUGUAGAUGCUUUCAUAGAAGAAGCACAAAAGGGGUCAUUCAUGAGUUCCGACCCCUUUAGUGAAGUUUUCCCACUGUGUGAGAAGAGCAAUGAUUUAAUCCAGCAAGUUUUCACCAACCCAGAUGUCGUCAUGGGGAAACUUGUACAGAAUAUAUACAUCUCAAAAUUACAGACAUUUAUUCAAACCAAAUUAGAUAAACAGGAAGACCCAGAGCAGUAUCUGAAAGACUUCUUUGAUAUCUACACCAGAACCACAAAGUUGUCUAGUGAUUUAUCAAAGUUCAAGAUUGGCAAUGACAGUUCAUUUUUGCCAAAAAUGACAAAAGUGAUCUUCCAGAAACAUUUAGAUAAUUAUAUAAAUUUUGAGACAAAGUAUCUGCAUGAGAGAUGUGGGGCUAUAUUACAGAGAUACUAUGACAGUAAGGAACAUCAGAAGAAACAAAUACAAUCUGGAGGACUAUCCGAGUUGCGUAGAGAUUUACAAGCUAAGAUAGCCAACGUGAAUGUGAAUAUCAACAUUGGGCCAAGCGUAGAGAAUUACGGUGGGGAAACUUUCCUUUCACAGGAAGUCUCCAUAAAUAUCCUACAGGAAACAAAACUGGCCUUCAAAAGAUGCCAGAUGCUGUCUGGUAGUUCAGAUGUUCCUGGCAAUGCAGUGAAGAUCCUGGAUAUACUCAUCAAGUACCUGGUUUUAGAACACAUAGAUUAUGCUAUAGAAGUAGGCCUUCAAGGUAUCCCUGUAGCAGAACCAAAAGUGGCUCCUCAGAUAUACUUCUUUGACACAGUAUCCCAGGCAAACACUCUCUUCCAUUUGUUUGAAAAGCAGUUCAUGGACAGUGCUGUACCUUUAUUUCUGUCAACUCCUCUUUAUGCUGACUGCCUACACAGGAAGAGAGAUUUAAGGGAUAACAUGGAGACAAAGAUAGACACAGGUCUGGAGAGGGCCACAGCCUCUAUAUGUGGCUGGGUUAAAUAUAUCCUCGCUUCAGAACAGAAGAAAAAUGACUUCAAACCUGAUGAUGACUCAGCUCUCUUACAGAUGGGAACUCCGGCGUCUAAAAAGGUAGUUAAGUUUUUGAAUGAGCAGCAUCAGUCAGUUAGAGAUAACCUAGAUGGGAAAAAUGUAGAGGCAUUGUUACUGGAGCUAGGAACCAGGCUACAUAGAAUAUUGUAUGAGCACCUGUGCCAGUUCACAUAUAAUUCUUUAGGUGCUAUGUUAGUUAUCUGUGAUGUAAAUGAGUACAGGAAGUGUGUGAAGGAGUUUGGGUUACCGUUGGUUUCACAGCUGUUUGAGAAGCUUCAUGCACUUUGUAACCUUCUUGUUGUUGUACCAGAAAAUCUCAAACAAGUCUGCAGUGGUGAUCAGCUGGCUGGCUUGGACAAGUCAAUCUUGCUGUCAUUUGUUCAACUGAGAGCAGACUACAAAACAGCCAAACUUGCCUCCCUCUUGAAGUGAUCUACCUGUAACCAUGGAAACACAUCAGUCUAGUCAUAGCACCUGGGAGUAAUUAUACCUGAAAUAAAUUGUUAGAGGCACACAAGGGAUGAAACUUGAUAUGUUGGAAAGGCCGACUGAAGGUCCCUUACCAUCACUUUGUUUAAAUCUUUGAAAAGGGACUUUAAGCUUGAUAUUCUUAUUUUAUAAGAUGCUUUUUUGUUGAAGAGUAAUAGGCAUAUACUUCAUCUAAAAAUGUGUUAUGUAUAUCCUUAACAUUCCAUAUUGUGACUGUGCUGUCCAUGCAAUGUUGCAGGAGAGGUCAUUUUUCUAGUCGCUUGUCUAUAUUGUACAGUAUAUUCAGGUUAUAGCAAGCUCCUUGGGACCAGCAGAAUGUGUUUGUUAUAUCCAGAGUUUGUUAUAAGCAUAUAGCUAAAAAAAGUAAAAAAUUUAUAACAUUUCCUUUAAAUUUAAUGGCUGGAAACUUUUGAUUGGGAUGGUUUGCUGACAUGUAACACAGCAGUCGUAAAUCGUCUUACAUAGUUAUGUUCCGGUAUAUUUUAUAGUUGUGAGAAACUUAACAACAGUGACAUACUACUCCACUAAAGCUGCCUGUACUUGCGUCUGAAGUUUUUGAUUAUAGCAUGGUUGCAGCAUGUUCAUAUUAAUGCAUACAUGUAUAUAGUAACUAAAAUCUGAUCAUUAUUGAAUAUCAGUAGCAUAUAAUAAAACUCAAUGCUUAAUUAAAUGUCCUGAUCAUUGGGUUUAGAUUAACAUAUUAUUUCAGUGUAUUUUUUAACACUUGGACAUUAAGAUGUGUUCCUUAUAUCUGAUAAGUCAUAAGAAUCAUGUUUGCUGUAUCCAUUUUAUUUUGAAUGGAACAAAUAAUGGCUAAAUCGGGACAUUUGAAAUUGUUUCAUAUAACCUAAAUUUAUUAAAAUCAUGUUUGUUAUAGGUUAAGUUAAAAGUAUGAAGAAGUGAUAAUUUUUUCUCCUUUUUCUGUCUCCUGUGGUGAAGUUGUCAGGUUUAUUUUGGUAACUAAUCUAUGAACAUAAUUUAAGUUGUGUUUAGCUUUAGCAGUUCACUAAACUGGCUCAUAGUGUUUAUUGGUAUAAUAUGUUUCCCAGGUUUCAUAACCAUCUAGCUUGACCCAUUGACUGAGUAAUUACUCCUGAAUUGCAUCUCUAUUUGAAUGAAAACAUAAACAGUUCUUCUCCAAUGUUCACAAAACUUGGUGAAAAUGCAUAUUGGCAUAUUAUCUUGGACAUGUUCAGGAUUUAGCUGGAUAAUCUUAAUUGCUGUGAACAUAUGGAUCUUGAAAGAGUCGGAACGAAAAAAAAUGCAAACAGUUUGUGCAAUAUGUAGAGUAUUUUAAAAGUCAAAGGUAAUUUGCUGUGAUGGGUAUAUUCUAACAGUUUCAGCACUUGAAGUAAUACAUGCCUGAUAUUGGGAAUUAAGAAAGUUUAGUACUGAAAAAUGUCAGAAAUAUUAUUUUAGUAAGUCAUCUGAAGAGAAAAUAGAAAAAAACUUUUCAGUAUCCCAGACAUCCACAAAUACAUGAACAGUUAAUGAUACUUUUCAUUUCAGAUUGCAGUUGUUUUUAGUACAAGGUUUUAUGUAAAUGCAUAUUUCAUUUAAGAAAUAAUAUAUCUCAUCUAGUGAUUUGUCACUGAAUAAAGUCAUUGUUUGGAGUUCAGAUGCGAAGGAAUUAUAUCAUGAAGGCACAGCCCAAAUAAUAUAAUAAUACGCAUCUGAACGACAAUGGUUUUAUUCAUGAUCAGAUCUCUAAAUGAGAUAUAUUAUUCUGAUUCUAACAUGUUACCAAGGAUUUUAAAGUACAUUCUUGACAACAUUCAUUAUAUAUUUGCCUUUUUUCUGUUGGUUUCUUUUCCAGCGCGCCGCUAUGCUGUUUGAUGCUAUGACGUUAUAAUUGUGAUGUCAGAAAAAGAAUUGUUGUUUAAUAACACACAGUUUUCAGUCGUCUUUGUUUAAUAGGAAAAUGGAACAGGUCGUGUUAGAAUAUACUGUAACAUUUAUCUUUGUUAAAACUAAAUAUGUGUUAUUGUGAAUUUAUAUAUUGAAUUGAUAUGAAAGUAUAUUCCAUGUUAAAGUUGAUUUUGUUGUUUAUAUGUAUUGCUAUUGAAAGAUGUAUAAACUAUUCAAAGGUAUUUUGCCCUCAAUAGAUUGGAAAAGCAAUAUCAGUCAAACAGGGACAGCUAUUAUUUUGCUUGGUUGCAUCCUGUGCUUUCAAAGGAUCUUUAUAUAGCUUUUAUUAUGCCCCCGAAGGGAGGCAUAUUAGUUUUCAACUGUCCGUCCGUUCAUUAGUUUGUUCGUUCGUUCGUCACAACGUUAACUUUUUGCAUGAAGGCAAUUUACUCACGGACCACUGCACCCAGGACCUUCAAACUUCACAUGCUGAUAGUACUAAUUGAGUACACGACCCCUACUGACUUUGGGGUCACCAGGUCAAAGGUCAAGGUCACAGGGGCCAAUGUUAACUUUUUGCAUGAAGGCACUUUACUCGUGAACCACUGCACCCAGGACCUUCAAACUUCAUAUGCUGAUAGUACUUAUUGACUACACAAUCACUACUGACUUUGGGGUCACCAGGUCAAAGGUCAAGGUCACAGGGGCCAAUGUUAACUUUUUGCAUGAAGGCCUUUACUCGCGAGCCACUGCACCCAGGACCUUCAAGCUUCAUUUGCUGAUAGUACUUAUUGAGUACAUGACCCCUACUGACUUUGGGGUCAAAGGUCAAGGUCACAGGGGCCAAUGUUAACUUUUUUUGCAUGAAGGCACUUUACUCGCGAACCGCUGCACCCAGGACCUUCAAAACUUCAAAUGCUGAUAGUACUUAUUGACUACACGACCCCUAUUGACUUUGGGGUCACCAAGUCAAAGGUCAAGGCACUGCGGGGGCAUUUGUCACCAUUAGUGACAGCUCUUGUUUUUAAUGAUCUUACCAUGGUGGAAAUAGUUCAGCAAAUCAUUCCUACUCUUAAGUGUUGUUAUGCUUUCGGUAGGCAUGUUAUAAUUAUACAAAAUAAUUCCCAUCCUAUAGGAUAGGACAGUUGUUCAUUCUUAAUACGUGAACAAAAUACACAGACAAACAUUACUUGUUUGGAAAUUAUAUUAGACCCAUUGGGUCCAUCUAGUUGUUAAAAUCAAGGAGAAAUUGGAAUAAAUUUAUGUUAAUUCAUUGAUAGGAAAGCUUUAACAUCAGUUCAAAAUUUAUUUCCCAGAUCUUGUAAUGGGCUUGAUCUGAUGCCUUUCUGAAUACAGUGUGAUAGAUCAGUUUAUCAAGUGAUAUAUGACAUCUCCUCGUGGGUGCCAUAAGCCUGAACUAGAAAAGGUUAAAGUCAUGUUCUUUAUAUCUUUGUUUUUAUGGCGUACUCUGCCAGAUUGCUUCUAGAAAUUUGAUGUAUUAUUGACGUGCAAUAACAUUUAUUUAUAAAAUGUAUAUUAUCAUUUAACAUUAAUUAUUAUGUUCAUUUCUACCAUAGGUAAAUAAAAUUAUAACUAAUCACCA